UGAAUCAGCCAAAGGCGCUGCCAUGCAUGGCAUGGGAGAUGCUGAGUGGGACUGACUACGGCUUCCUUGUGAGCCAGAACAUGAAGCUCCUGAGCGCCCUGGAGGACCUGCAGCACCGCUGCUCCAGCCUGGCCGAGGAGAACAGCUUGCUGCGCAGGAGCUGCUUCCCCCAGACAGAGGAGAAGGUGAAGCACCUGAAGAGGAAGAACGCGGAGCUGGCGGUGAUCGCCAAGCGCCUGGAGGAGAGAGCUCGGAAACUCCAGGAGGCAAACCUCAAAGUUGUAACUGCUCCAGUGCCUCUGAAGGGCUCCAGCCUGGAGCUGUGUAAAAAAGCAUUUGCCCGCCAGCGUGCCAAGGACCUGACAGAGCAAGCCAGUGCUCUCCUAGCGAAAGACAAGCAGAUCGAAGCUCUGCAGCAGGAGUGCCGGGAGCUGCAGGCUAAACUCAUCACGGGGAAGGAUGACCCUCACUGCCUGAACGUCAUCGAGUUUGAUCGCCUGUUGCGGGAAUCCCAGAGAGAGGUGUUACGGCUGCAGAGACAGAUCGCGCUGAAGAAUUUCAAGGAGUGUCUACGUUCCUCUAAAAUCAGUUCAGGCAGCGCUUUGCCAAGCGCUGCUGCACGCUUGGGACUGCCUGUACCAGCACUAAAUACCUGCAUCAAAGGUUCACCUCUACCCAAGGAGGCCCGCCUGGGAGACCCAGCGCUUGGAGGGGAGGCACACGGGGAGGUGGAACCAGGUGUGCAUCCGCUGGGACCUGCCUCUGAAGGACAUGAAAAUUUCCCUCCCAAAAAUGCAAUAACAGACCAAGAGAGCAGUCAACAGAUAGAGCAGCUGGAAUUUGAACUCAAGAAAAAGCGCAAAAAAUGUGAAAACCUUGAGCAUGAAGUGAGGAAAAAGCAUAAAAGAUGCAAAGAACUGGAGAUCCAGCUGCAGGAGGUACAAAGUGAAAAUGCGCGACUGGCCGAAGAGAACUUGCAGCUGAACGAGAAGGCUGGAUGGGCAGAACAGGUAAAAAGCAGUUUCUUUGUCAGGUAG